GAAGACCAUCCAUCGACAAAGGAGGGCAGAGCACGAGAAGGAAACGUCAAAACCAUCACACCCAAUUACAAACUCGGAACGGAGAAACCUAGUCACGAGCUCAAGCUGGGAACCAGUGGAUAUCUUCCGAAUGAGAAAGGAGAUUACAAGGUGAGUAUGCGGCACGAAGACUACAAACUCACAGUCAUCGAUCCGAAGGUGCGCUCAAAUGCCAACAUGCCGCUACACUCAACGACGCUGCCCGACGCGAAAAAGGAGAUGGCUGGCGAUUUCCCUAGUCAGCACUCCAAACGCAGUCUUAUCAAACUUGAACCACUCGAGCAGAGACGAUUCAAGAGCACAGAAUCUCGCCCGAUCACCACCAGCAACUACUUAACAGAGAGUGUGGAACGACAUCGAGAUAUGGAAGCGAGCCGUCUCAGAGAUUACCUCAAAGCCAAGGAGAGCGACGCCAACAAACCCUGGAACAAACCCGGAUGGCCUGGGCCAAAGAAAAGCGACGACGAGAGUCUUCGUGAAUUGGAACACAUCAGAAAGGUACGUUUUAAUGCUCUUUGA